AUGAUAGCAAAAGGAUGUACAGGACAAAAUCCAAAUGAACGUGAAUUAUUUCAUGGAACUAAAGGUGAUGCAACUGAUAGUAUUCUAGAAAAUGGCUUUGAUGACCGAAAUUAUGCUAAAGGAAACUGGGGUCAUGGUGCCUAUUUUGCUGAUAAUCCAGUCGUUUCACAUUUUUAUACAUCACGUGAUCCUAUAGAUCAAACACGUAUUAUGUAUUAUAAUAAAGUAUUAUUAGGCAAUGAACACAUAUUACAAGAAAUAAAUCGAGAAUUAGAUUCAGCACCAAAAGGUUAUCAUUCAACACAUGGUAAAUACCCGGGAAAUCCAAUGUCAGAUGAAUAUGUCGUUUAUCGUUAUGCACAAGCACUGCCAUAUUUAAAAAUAACAUAUAAAGGAUAG